AAGUCAAAAUUGUAUUCCUCUACAUAACUUUGUAAAAGUAAAAAUCAUAAAUUUUUAAAACCUUCUACUUGCAAAAAGACCAGUUAGAUGAUCACGUUUCAAAAUCGCGAUUUGAAUAAAUGGAAGGGGGGCCGUUGAGACACAAUAUUUUUAAUUCAAAACCCGAAUGCAAUGGAACAUUAAUUUUCUGAAUAAUUUUAAUUUUCUGUUAACUGAAUCAAGCGCAAGAUGAAAUUUUUCAGCAAUACAGUUGCCAUCGCUUUCUUCGUGAUGGCAACAUUUAUAGAGGAGAGUGCUUCACAAGGAUAUUACAACCAGAACUAUAUUACUUCAAGAGACAUAGGUGCAUGGAUAGUUUACCUCAUUUCCAGCUGUAUUCCUCUCGGAAUUAUCAUUUAUCUGAUCUGCUGCUGCUGUAAUCCAAAUUGUCGCCCAGAUUGGUGCGGAAAUAGGAUUAUGCCGGGCCGAGUUGUUUGUCAUUUUAGGUCACCACUUGUUGCAAAUGGUAAUAAUAAUUUCUGUAAGAUUAAAACUUCCUAGCGUCAAGUAUUUGAUGUUUGUUUUUAGCACGAGGUUGACAAUUUUUUUGCCAUGGUUAUUACCAUUAGCCGACAAAUUGUAACCAAAUGUGGUAAUAGUGACCCCACAAAGUAGUGAUGCCCUAGCAGAUUAUUUAUGUACAUACAUGUAGUGUAAAGGAUUAACAUACUUACU